AUGAACAGGAUGUGCGAUACAGACUUUUAUUUAGUAAAGAGGCCUGACUUCCUGUCCGGCUGCGUCACUUCCUCCCAGCGCUGCCCGUUGCCCGGUGACCGCCGCCCGGCGAGAGACGCCGUGUUGAUGGAGUCUCACCGGACCAACGUGCUGGUGACGUCGUGUCUCAAGACGCCGGUGGACCCGCUCACCAAGGCGCCGCUGGCCUCGUACGAGCGGGACCGGAACCACCGGGAGCACCGGAACCACCGGGAGCACCGGGACCACCGGGGACACCGGGAGCACCGGGAGCACGAGGACUCGGGCUCUGACUCCGGGGACGAGGAGCGUCGGGGGGGCGGCGUCCCUCUCUUCAGGAACAACAACGUGACCUCAGGAGAACGUCUGGACCUGAGCGGCAUCUUCUUCUCCAACGAGGAGUACUACAGCAAGCUGGAGGAGCUGAAGAGGGCCCACCUCCGCACCAUGGCCGAGCUGGAGAGCAUGUACCGACGGAAGCUGCAGCUGAAGUUCAUGGAGCCUCUGGAGCUGACGGCGCUGGAGGCCGGGCUCAGGCCUCCGUGGUCAAGCAGCAGCCCAGCAGCGUCUCACCGACUGAGAAGGUCCCACUCUGCCCUGGAGCUCAGGAGGAGCUCAGGACACUCGGACUCGUCAGACGAGGAUCAAGAAGUCAGUGAAGAAGUGGAGGAGACAGGCCGGCUCUUCUCUCCCCAGGAACACAUCAGGAACAUGUGGAGGGACUUCAAGCUGUCCCCAAACCCCCGUCACCUGACCUCCUCCUCGCUCCAGAGUCUGCCAGGAGACCAGAAGAGAUCAGGAAAGAGGAAAGGCAAGAAGAGGGAGAGCUGGAAGCACAGGGUGACGAUCCCCAAGCCGUUCCACAUGACCCUGCGUGAGGCUGAGAGACAGAAGCUGGGCAUCAGGACGCGGACGGAGAUCGAGCUGGAGAACGUGGAGCUGCGGCGGCAGCUAGAGGAGCUGACCGAGUGCCAGAGGAAGUUCCGUGCCAGCCCUGUCCCGGCACACGUUCACCUGCCGCUCUAUGAAGAGCUGCAGGAGCAGAAGGACGAGCGGCAGAGGAACAAGCGAGAGCGAGAGGAGCAGCACCUCCGGAGCAUCCAGAAACCGUUCAGCUUCCUGGAGAGGGAGCGACUCAAGAAGGAGCAGAAGCAGCUGCGUCUCCCAGAAGCCUCCCACCCGGACCGGGUCAAGCCCUUCAGGGCCAAGCCGGUGCCCAGGGCCGUGUACGCCGCAGCGUCGGGGGAGCAGAUGAAGGAUGAGCAGCUGUAUCGCUCCAUCAAGAUCCAGAUGAGAGCUCAGGAGCUGCUCCACGGGGCCUCCAUGCCUCCCAGCAUGCUCUCACGACGACUCAGCGAACGGAAGAAGACCAGAGACAAGGGCAGCGAUGCAGCCGGGGGGGGCAGCAGCUUCCCCCACAGACCCCAGAUCAACAAAGAGGUGCCGGACUUCGACGCCAGCUACAGACGCUUCAAGAAGCACCUGGAGAAACGAAAGGAGGUGAAGCCCACGACCACAUGUGAACCCUUCGACCUGAAGACGGCUCAGAUCCCCUCGCACCGAGAGCGCAUCCUGGCGGACAUCGAGAAGGAGCAGGGCAGCCCCCGCACGCUGCGCUGGCCACACAUCAGCUCCGCUGCCACUCGGACUCCAAACUCCAGCCUCUGCUCCUCCCUCUCCGGCAGCCUGGAGCUCCUGCCCACCAAGGGCACAGACGCCACCAAAAAGCGCCAUGAGGCCGUGAGAAAGGUGCUGGAGCAGAGGAGGAAGGCCGGAGAGGAGGAGGAGCAGUGGAAGGAGAAGCAGAAGCAGAGGGAGAGGAAGCUGCAGCGGGUGGUGUUGAAGCGAGCCCAGGCCAACGACCCCCACACGGCCCUGUCCCAGACCCACCAGACCAAACUCAAAGAGUUCAGGACACGAGACCUCCAGCGCAGGAGGGAGUACCAGCAGGAGGUGCAGGAGAUGCAGCAGCGGGUGAAGGGGAGGCCGCUGCUGCUGGAGCAGGUUGCACAGAGAAACGCCAAGCAGGCGGCGGAGAAGCGCUACACGGCUGCGGUGACCGGCUGUGACGUGACGGAGGAGUUCAUCUGCAGCAAAGCAGCUGAACCAGGAUCAGCCCACAGCGCCUCCCAGUCCAGUGACAGCAAACACAGUGACCAGGAGGACGCAGACCUGGGGUUUCAACCCGUCCGCUACAGGAAAGUCUUCCUGGACGACGAAGACGUGGACGAUCCCACCGAGAGGGGGGGGCGAGGGACGGAGGACAAGGACAGUGACGAGGACUCGUCGAACCGCCACAGUGGGGACGCCCCCGGCGGUCAGCGUGGAGACGAUCAACACGGCUCGGAUGACGGGUACCACUACUCCGACGACCAUGAGGACUACUCCGACGACAGCGAGGGUCCACGGCCCGAAGCCACGGAGUGA